AUGCACCUGUCUAUGUUCUUGUGCCUGUUAUUCUUUUGUGAAAUUGUACCAACACAGUUACAAAUAUAUCAAUCACAAGCAGAGAUGACACAUUUGGAAGGCACAGAAUUUCUACCGGCUAAUUCAUUUGAAUUGCUUGCUACGUAUACACAGACUAAAACAUUAAUAAAAUGUAUCAGCUAUUGUACUUCAAGUGUCUCAUGUCGUACAUUUGACUAUGAUUUAACACCACCGUUUAGAUGCAGACUAUUCCAAAGUUUACAAAAUACCGAUCAAAUUAUACGGUCAUUACCAACGUCAAAAGUGGGUAGUUUAGUAUAUGGUCCUGAAUUAUUUUUAGAAUACAACAGAACAUGUACUGGUCAGUAUUCGCCAAAUCGAUAUUUGGCAUGUGUCGACGGUACCUAUCAAUGUCCUCCAGUCACAUUCUGGAAUGGUACGAUUUGCAUGAAUCAACUGUAUAAUGGGUCGUGGUGUGCCACGAGUAAUUGGUGUAGAACAGACUUAAGUUUAAGAUGUUUAAAUAAUACAUGCAGUGUUUAUAAUACACCAUCAACACUAAGUACGUAAUCUUUAAUAUAUGAGCUAUUUAUAACUAUGAAAAUUUUUGUAAGUAAGAAUCAUGAAAGGGGCGUGGCGUCAUCAAGUUUUGUCUCGAAUGGAAACAUUUAAAGAAAUACAGUCAGCUGGUGAGAAAACAGAAAGUUCCUUCCUGUUUCCAAGCCAGACCUAUGACUUACUACACUCACUACUAGAAAAUAGUCCUUUUAGCACCAGUUUCUAACUUUAUGCGUAAAGGAUAUGUAUUUGCAUCAUAUGACCAUCUUCAUUCUAUGCUGCACUUAAGAGCCAUCUGACAUAAACGACGCCUGAGUUACGUAGAACACUGCUCAAACUUUGUCACAGCCCUAGUGAAUGUACUCAAGUGUGAGUACUCAAAAAGUACUCUGAUAGAAAAAUCGGACGAGUACUCAUACGUACUCAUACAUUUUUUUACUCAAUGAGUACUCACCUGAGUACUCAUGAGUGAGUAACAAGUACUCUGAGUACGACUUUGAGUACUCAUGCUUGGGUAUUGUUGAGUACU